GUCAGAUCGCCCUUGUUUGUGUCACGCUCCAUUGGGCUUUUAUAUCACUCGACCCCUCCUCAACUCAUACACUCCUGGUCUCUGUCUGUCACACCGUCAAGAUGUCUGCUUCCAUCUUUGACCAGAAACCUAACCAGGUCUCGAUUUCUCCCUUGUUGAAGAACCUCGCCUACCCCGCGCCCAAUGCCCCCGUAACGGCCUCGGAGAUUGCCGCGGCGUUUGCCUUGAUUUUCGAGGAUCGCUUGUCUCCAAUUCAGACGGCAGCGCUGCUGACUCUUCUUCACUCGACGGGGAAAGACCGGGAGGCAGCGGUCAUUGCGCAAUGCUCCCAACGCAUGAGAGAGGCGGCCAGCCAGGUGGACAGAACCGCCUUGAAAAAAGCCAUCAAGGCCCGUGGGAAGGGUGAAGGCAAAUACAAUGGUGGUGUGUGCGACAUUGUCGGGACCGGCGGCGAUUCGCAUUCCACCUUCAACAUCUCCACGACCGCCUCGAUCGUUUCCUCGCCGCUGCUCAUGAUGGCGAAGCAUGGAAACCGCGCCCAAACCUCGUUCUCCGGCUCCGCCGACGUUCUGAACGCGAUUGAGCCCAUCGCCCCGAAGAUCUCCGCCGUCUCCGCCGAUAAUCUUCCCCAGGUGUACGAACAGACCAACUACGCGUUCCUGUUCGCGCCCAACUUCCACCAGGCGAUGAUGUACGCCGACCCCGUGCGUCGCGGCCUCGGCCUCCGGACCAUCUUCAACCUGAUGGGCCCGCUAGCCAACCCCAUCGACUGGGCCAUUGAAGCCCGCGUCGUCGGAGUCGCCUACCAGAGCCUGGGCCCGACCUUUGCGGAGGCCCUGCGUCAGAACGGAUGCAAGAAGGGGAUGGUCGUCUGCGGCGAGGAGGACCUCGACGAGAUCAGCUGCGCCGGAAAGACCAACUGCUGGAGGCUGUCGGAGUACCCCAACCCGGCCUUCGAUGCGUCGCGAGCGGACGACGACGACAGCGAAGAAGACGAGGAGAACCCGCGUACGCUUGUCAACGUGGAAACGUUCCAGCUGCAGCCGUCCGACUUUGGGCUGCCGACGCACCCGCUGACGGCCGUCUUCGGCCGCAAGAUGCCCAAGGACAACGCGGCCAAGCUGAUGAGUAUUCUGCGCAACGAGCUGCCCCGCGACGACCCAAUCCUGACUUUCGUGCUCCUUAACGUGGCGGCCCUCCUCGUCACCUCGGGCGUCUGCGAAUCUGAGACGAGCAACAUGGGGCCUGGUGACGACGGCCAGGUUAUUACUGAGCGGGGGCCUGGCGGCGGACGCUGGAAGGAGGGUGUCCGUCGGGCACGCUGGGCGAUCGAGAGCGGCUCGUCGCUCAAAUGCCUGGAGGAAUUUAUCGAGGUGACGAACAAGCUUGAAUAAUCGCUAUGCAUCAACGUUUCUUUUUUCUCUCUCUUUUUAUUUCGGGGUUUUUUUUUCAGCGCUCCCCGUAGGGACGCACUUCCAUUGUCUUCACAUGAA